GUUUGGCCACGCCUAUACGUGAAUGUCUGUCAUGGCUGCUCGCAGCGUGAGUGAAACUACCCAUGUACCAAAAUAGCAUCUGAUGUUUUCCUAAGGUCCACCGAUGUGGGCGAAAUUAUUUGUACGCCCUACGUUUGUCAACCGAGUUCAUCUCACGUGGAGUUGCAGAGCUUUAUUGACAAUGCAGCUGAAAACGAAAGAGUUUGAGUCUUUAUUUACCGACGGACUCGUUGGUCUUGCUGAAAUAUUUCAAAAGAACCAGUUUGAGCUGAGGAUUGCCGGAGGUGCGGUGCGGGACCUUCUCUCCGGAAAACGGCCUGAAGAUGUGGAUUUUGCCACAACAGCCACUCCAGAAGAGAUGAAGAGCAUGUUCCAGACAGCAGGAGUCCGCAUGAUCAACAAUAAAGGAGAGAAACAUGGCACCAUUACUGCCAGGCUUCAUGAGGAGAACUUUGAAGUGACCACAUUGCGAGUGGAUGUCCAGACUGAUGGACGGCAUGCAGAAGUGGAGUUUACUACUGAUUGGCACAAAGACGCAGAGCGCAGAGACCUUACCAUCAACUCCAUGUUUCUCGGUCUGGAUGGGACUCUGUAUGAUUAUUUCCAAGGAUAUGAGGAUCUUAAAAACAGGAAAGUGAGGUUUGUUGGAAGUGCUUCACUACGAAUCCAAGAGGACUACCUGCGAAUUCUGAGAUAUUUCAGAUUCUAUGGACGAGUGGCAGCUGAACCUGGCCAACAUGAACCAGAGACUCUGGAGGCGAUAAGAGAAAAUGCCAGAGGAUUGGCUGGUAUCUCAGGUGAGAGGAUCUGGGUGGAGCUGAAGAAGAUGCUGGUUGGAAAUCAUGCUGGGCACCUGCUGGAACUCGUCUAUGAGUUGGGUUUAGCCCAGUACACAGGUCUUCCAGCAGAUGGCGAUGUGGAGGAGAUGAAGCAGGUCUGGCAGAGGGCUCAUGUCAGCUCUCCUAAACCCAUGACCAUUCUGGCGGCUCUCUUCAAAAAGCAGGCCGAUGUGGAGAACCUGGACCUCAGACUGAAGGUGUCCAGAGAAGAGAAAACCCUGGGCCUCUUCCUGGUCAAAUACAGACGAGAUCUCGUCAAGGGACAUGAUGAGCAUGACACAAUGAAACCGUACACAGAUUUCAUCACUGAUUCUCGAGAGCCGGACACCCAGAGUAAAGUACUGGAGCUUUUAAAGUAUCAAGGGGAAAAGAAACUCUUAGAUGAGCUGCGCAGGUGGUCAAUUCCACGAUUCCCAGUGAGCGGACAUGACCUACGCAAGCUGGGCUACACCUCAGGUAAAGAGAUUGGCACCAUCCUGCAGGAGCUCAGAGACAUGUGGAAGAAGAGCCGCUAUCAGAUGAGCAAAGAUGAGCUCCUGUCUACACUCAGCCAAUCUUGAUGCCACAUAUACACACACACACACACUAGAAUCAAAAGUUCUGCAUGCAUGAGCUAUAAUGCUAUAUGAGUCUAAAGAUGCACCUCUGUAGUGUCUGAUAUCAAACAGUCAGGGGAAUUUAAUGCAUAUUAUUCAAAAAAUUCUCUUUUUCCUUUUAUAAUUGGCAGUUUGGUGCGACAAGAUUACGUUCGUUCAUUCAUUAAUAUAAUUGGUUUAAAGAAAGGAUGUGUCUAAACUGAAUGACUCGGUAAUGGAAAGUUCAUUUUGUGUUUUUUAUUAUUUGAUGCAGGAUCUUGCCCUUUCAUGAGAGUGAAGUGGUGUAAUUAUUACAGUAAAGGGAGCAAUUUAGCUGUCCUGCAGGAUGACAUUUUCUCAUAUGAAGCUGUAGCCAUGGUUUCAUUAUGAGGAAAAAUUGUCCCCUUGUCAGUGGUUCAUAUAGUUGUUAUUAGAAGGUUAUGUAACCAACUCUCAAGGUGUUUACUUUACAAUAAAGUAGCAAACAUCA